CGAAGUCCAAUCUCUUGUUGGGAUUUGGGAUGACAAUAUACAUUAAAUGAUGUAAUGAAAGAAGUGUCAUAUUGUCCAAUAUUAGUAUUAAUGACAAACUUUAUCUUGUUUUAAAAAUUAAUGCAGAUAAUUUUCUCUUAAAAUAACUUUUUAUUUUUUAUAAUGUAAUAAUAUAAUUUCGGCUAAUAUAUUAAAUUACGGUGAAGUUUUAUAUAUUUAUAUCAAAUAAAUAAUUUAAUACUUAGUAUGUCUUGACAGUUGUUAAUGUAUUUUACUCCGUGUUUAUAAGAACAAAGUUAGUUGGCUAGACAACAAAGAAACAUAAAGGAGGUCAAAAAUAACCGAGUACAUUAUGGAAGGCGGAAUAAUAGAAACUCCAGACACUACUCUUAGUGCAUCCAGUUAUGAUGAUGAAUCUUUGAAGGUUUGUUGUCAUCCUAAAGGACGACUAUGGAGAUUUUCCGGUCUAGCCCUUAUGUGUCUUCUUGGUUUUGGUUCAUAUUUUUGUUAUGACAAUCCUGGAGCGUUACAAGAUAAUUUUAAAAGUGAUUUAGGUUUAUCAACUAGUAAAUUUGUUUUACUAUACUCAAUUUAUUCGUGGCCAAACGUUAUUCUUUGUUUUAUUGGAGGAUUUCUUCUCGAUAGUGUAUUUGGUAUAAGAUUGGGAACAGUUAUAUACAUGGGAUUAGCGUUAGCAGGACAAAUAAUUUUUGCAACAGGUGCUAUGGUUAAUAAAUUUUGGCUCAUGAUGUUUGGUAGACUUGUCUUUGGAAUUGGUGCUGAAUCUUUGGCAGUUGCACAAAACAGUUAUGCAGUUCUUUGGUUUAAAGGGAAAGAGUUAAAUAUGGUAUUUGGAUUACAAUUGAGUUUUGCUCGUGUAGGAUCAACGGUUAACUUUUUAGUAAUGGAACCUAUAUAUAACUAUGUUGCUAAAGAAUAUUCUGGACCGGAAUGUAUUGGUAUUGUUUUAUUUCUUGCAUCUUUGACAUGUGUAUUUUCUAUGAUUUGUGCUUGUUUACUUGGACUUAUGGAUAAACGUACAGAAACAUUAUUACGUAGAGGUCACGGCGAAGAACCAGAAGUUGUAAGAUUAACAGAUGUUAAAGAUUUUAAAGGGAUAUUUUGGCUUAUUGUUGUUAUUUGCAUUGCAUAUUACGUGGCGAUAUUUCCAUUUAUUGCAUUAGGAAAAGUAUACUUUGAGAGAAAGUAUCAAUAUGAUCCAGUAGCUGCCAAUACUGUAAACUCAUUAGUAUAUUCUAUUUCAGCUAUAGCAUCACCACUGUUUGGUUUUGUAGUUGAUAAAACAGGAAAAAAUGUUCUUUGGGUAUUUAUUAGUAUUACUGGAACGAUAACAGCACAUGGAUUAUUAGCAUUUACAAAUGUUGAUCCAUAUAUUUGUAUGAUAACUAUGGGACUAUCUUAUUCUAUGUUGGCUAGUAGUCUCUGGCCACUUAUCGCACUUGUUAUUCCGGAAUAUCAAUUGGGAACGGCCUAUGGAAUUGCUCAAGCUGUUCAAAAUUUGGGAUUAGCUGUUGUUUCUAUUUUAGCUGGGAUAAUUGUCGAUAAAGGUGGAUAUUUUAUGUUGGAAAUGUUUUUCCUUGGUUGGCUAUGGAUUUCAUUAAUUACAAGCACAUUGAUAUGGAUAUCAGAUUCAUCGAAAACUGGUGGUUAUUUGAAUAUGACACCAAAACAACGAGAAAUUUACGAAGCAAAUCGUCCUUCUAUAAAUACUGUAGAGCGAGAAAAAUUAUUAUCUGCGAGUUCAACAUCAGAUUUAACUGCUGAUGACUUACUACAGCCACAAUCUGAUAUUACUAUUAGGAAUCGUUAUUUAUCCCGUAUUGGACCAAUACUGCCAACACAAGCAAAAGCAACAGCAUACCGUGCACUCCGAUGAUCUGAUUUUAGUAAAAUAGUUAGUUAAUUGUAUAUAAAAAAAAUAUGUAUUUAGUAUUUUUUUUUACAUAUGCUUGGAAAAUAUCUUCUAAUGUAUCUACAGAUGACGCUAAAAAAUGAUAUUUAAAAUACAAGCGAUUACAAAAAUGACAAAAAUUAGCGAUCGUGAAGCCAGGGGCUAAAAAGUUAUUGUUAAAAAUAGGAACUCAUUAAAAAAUAUUUUAGAGGCAGGUUAAUAAUGCCACUUUUUAGAAAAGUAACGUUAUUCUAUAAAUGAUUCAAACUGACAGUUUGUAGUCUUUACAAAACAUGAAGUAAAUUAAGUUAAAUAUUUAACAAAACUGACUUCUAUGUAUGGGGCAUUCUAUGCCAAAUCGAUGACUUCGAAACUCGACCCCCUUCGAUUUGGCUGAAAAUUUUUUCUCAUUUUCUACCCCGUCAACAACGUUUCUAAAACUUUUUUCAAAUUUUUUUACUUAACCAGAAACAAAUUAUGAAUUUAAAAAAUAAAAGGCUUUUUUUUCCAGUAAGCCAUAAUUUUUUCAAAAAUUGACAGAACUUUUUUCGGAAAAGUAAGAAAAAAGAUAAAAGACAUCUUUGAAAAAUUUUUUUCUAUUUUUGUUAAAAAAGUACAUUUAACAACGAAAAUUAUCAACAAAAAACGUCCUGAUUAGUCAAUUUUUGAAAAAGCUUUUUAACUUCAUUCAAUUUUUAUAGCUUAGUGGAAAAAAGCCUUUUUUAAAUUCAUCUUUUUUUUAGUCGGGUAAAAAAAUUUGAAAAAAAUUCUGAGAAACGUUUUUGAUGGGGUAGAAAAUGAGAAAAAUUUUCAGCCAAAUCAAAGGGGGUCGGGUCCAAAGUUAUUGAUUCGGCGUGGAAUGCCCCAUAUACAUAACAGAGAUUUUUUGAGCAUUUGUUAAAAGAACUAUUGUAUGUGUCUAGUACGAACGAAUAUAAGACGGUAAUGUGAUUGAUAUACUCACCCAAUGAAUAGUAUAUCACCACCACACUCUCGUUUUAUACCAAUUUGUACUAAAUGUAUAAAAUACUAAUAAUGUUCAUUGUGUCUUCCCGGUCGCCCACUAAUACUCUGUGAUACAUAUAAGACCAGUAAAAUAUAUGGGUGCGCGAAUAAUUCGAAUCCAGGACUUAUUUAAAUUAUUCGAAUUAUUCGUAAAUUAUUGUAACAAAAAUUUUAUAAUUUAUGAAAUAAGAUUCAAAUUUAAUACUUGAAGUUCGAAUUGAAUAAUAGGAAAAAGCUUACGAAUAAUUCAAAAAUUUACGAAAAAUUUUAAUUUGUCGAUUUGAAUUUUGAAUUGAAUAAUAAUAUUUGAUCCGGUUCAAAUUCUAUUCGCACACUCUUAAGAUAAAUAUACAAUUAUAUCGAAACUAUAUGAAGUUUCAACAACAAUGAUUUU